GCGUGCAGCUGCACUCGUAGGGCCCGCGCCCCGGCCGACAGUCGCGGCGCGAACUUCAAUCCGCUCACGUCACGGCUACACAUUCAAUAAAUUAAAUUAAUUUUAAAAACAUAUCCGAAUUAUUUAAUCGGACGUGUGAAAAAAAUAAACUUUUUAAUCUGUGACAGUUUUUCAAUCUAGGUUAUAAUGUCAAACAAAGUUGACACUUGAAAAUUUUGUGAAGUUUUCAAUUUGGCGGGUUGAUGUGUGCGAGCGAGAGGGGCGACAUGGAGAGCCCGGGCGAGGAAACGGGACGCAGCGCUCCCCCCGCGCCGCACGCCCCCGCCGCGUCGCAGCCCAACGGAUCCAAUAAGAUCAUCGGACGAAACGUGAAUGGGACCAUGGUUGUAACUUCAGCGCCGGCGAACGAAGCGGAGCUGCAGUUGUACAGGGUGAUGCAGCGAGCCAGCUUACUGGCGUACUAUGACACGCUGCUUGAGAUGGGAGGUGACGACGUCCAACAAUUAUGUGACGCAGGAGAAGAGGAGUUUCUAGAAAUAAUGGCGCUUGUCGGCAUGGCGUCCAAACCACUACACGUGCGGCGACUGCAGAAAGCACUACAGGAGUGGGUUAACAACCCCUCCCUCUUCCAGAUUCCCAUCGUCCCCAACAUUUGUACAGAGAACCCUUUCAUCCAAUGCAACCAAAGACUUUUAAGUAUACCCCCUUCUAUACCUAAUGUCCUUCCUAGGACUGUCGCGUCUCCUGAAAGUAGUAGACCAAUGUACAGUCCAUCCCCUGGCGCGCCUGACAACAGUUGUGGUUCCACCACAUCAGCUCCUAACGUCAGUCCUGUACAUAGUCAAGCUACAUUCACUAAGAUAGUCCUUCCCUCGUCUCCUGCCGCCGCUCCAAUCACCACAACCGCAAGAUCUUUCUCCCCUCAGAGCGCCUGCCCCCCAGCUUCAUCAGGGUCCAGUCCAAGCUCAGUUACUUCACCUGUCCAAUUAACUCCAGUCCUUUUAGACAUUCAUGUACAGAAGUUAGCGGCUGCGGCGGAGAAAUUAAGUAAACACUUACCCCAAUUAGAACCAAAACCUCAGAACACUAAAAAGAAGAUGUGUAAAGACCUGGAGUUAGUUAUGAUGAUGCCGGAGACGGACCCUCGUAGAAUGGAGGAGAUCAGAAAGUACGCGGCGAUAUACGGCAGAUUCGAUUGCAAACGGAAGCCGGAAAAACCGUUGACAUUGCAUGAGGUGAUGGUGAACGAGGCGGCGGCCCAGUUGUGCCGGUGCGUGCCAGCGCUGCUCACGCGGCGGGACGAGCUGUUCCCGCUGGCAAGACAGCUGGUGCGGCGAGCUGGCCUGCACUACUCCAAGCAUGGUCUCCCGCCAACAACUGCAGAGGAGAGAGAUAGGGAUGAGGAGGAGACACCAAGUAAACGACCGCGGCAGGUUGCGCCAGUCACACAUGAUGGAGAUGAUAACGGAGUUCGAGCGAGCCCUGACGCGGGCAGAGGUACUUCUAAUCAUAGCUGGUGGGGCAUGAAGACGGAGAGUGACGACGCGGACUCCAGGUGCUCCUACUCCAGCGCCAGCACUCCGCCACCGGAGACAGAAGAAUCCCGUCCGCAAGUGGUGGCGUCUCGCGGCGACAGCAUUAUAGCGGUGGCGAACCCCGCGCUGCACGCCCCGCACACGCCCCACGCGCCCCACGCACCCCACGCACCACACACGCCCCACGCACAGCACCCCACACGGAACCACUCAAACUGACACAUACUGUAUCUAAACUCUAAGAGAGCACACCUUUGACUAAACUGUUGUGCGAUAUUUUAGUCUUUUGACUAAAAACAAGAUUAUCACAUUCCAACUAUAUAUUAAUUUGUGAUUAAUUUCAAUUGCAUAUCUUCUCAUAACUAAAAAAUGUCACAUAACCACUGACCUCUAUAAAUGGAUAGGCUAUACUGCGGUAUUUUAUUUCUGUCAAUUUAGCGCUGAUGGUUACGGUUGGUUAACCGUUAUUAACAAAAGCGUCCAAGUGGGAAUGUUGAAAAAGCUGUAUUUCCAAACAAUCACCUGUCCGUUUAUACAGAUCGAUGCAAAAAAUCCUACAAAAGACGCUUGAUAGAUAUGUAUUCAUACGCCUAUACUCCAUAAGGAAAAGUGCAUCUAGACAUAAAAUCUAUUGUAAAUAAAACAUAUAUAUAAAUAAUUCUUAACACAGUUUGUUUAAUCGAUUUAUUUAUUACAAUCAAGAUUCCUUCACACAGACCGUUUUAUAGCGAAUGAAAUUGAGUUUUAUACUAUUAAGAUAAGGUUCAAUUUUAUAUGCACGUUAUUUUAUUGAGACUAAGUAAAAGUAAAAUUAAACCUUAUGUGAAUAGCAUAAGGUUGAAUUUCAUUUGCACUAUAAAUCUUGGAUUCUCCACUCCGGUCUGUUUGAAGGAACCCUUAUAAAAAGAUGGCGUGAAAAUUAUUCCACCAAAUAACUAUAUAAGUUGUAAAUAUAAUUAUACUUAAUUUAGCUUUAAGCUAAAGCCAUAAUAUGCCUUUUAGUCAUUAUAUUAGUUUUAGUUGUGACAUCACAGGGACUUUUCAAUUAAUUUCCUUAUUUUUCUUGAAUACAAUUGAACCGUUUUCAAAUAGUUAUUAUUUUCAUAGCAAAUAUUUAUAAAUCAUACUAAUGUUAUAAAUGUGACAGUUUAGAUGGAUGGAUGGAUGGAUGGAUGUUUGUACGUUUGUUGACCGAUUUCCCAAAAGACGGAGGUACUCAAUUCCUCCGUAUGUUUUUUUUUAUGUGUUACGGCAUAACUCCGCCACUAGUGGACCGAUUUUGAU